AAACAAUUAAAAGUAGAUGAUCAAAUAAAAAAAGUUAUGCUAUAUAAAAAACCUAAGCAACAUGAAUUAAGGAAUGCUUUGGCUGAUUGGCUAAUAACAGAUUUUCAACCUUUUAAUUUAGCAAAUAGAAAAGGAUUUUUACGUAUGAUUAAUAAGCUUGAUUUUGCAUUUAAGCUACCAUGUUAUGUAAUGAUCAAAAAAGAUAUUGGUUAUGGAUAUCAAGCUGCAUUUCAGGCUAUAAAGGAAAUGAUUACUCAUACCUGUGAUACAGCAGCUAUAACUACAGAUCUUUGA